CAAAAACACCAAAUUUAUUAUUAUUUGGUUUUGACUAGCUUCACUGUUUCCUUCCCUGCCUCCGGCAAUCGGCAACUCUCUCUUUUCCGGCUGUUCCUUCAUUCGUCCAGUCCAGCGACGGAGGAGGAGUAGGCGGUGCUCUUUUUCAUAUAGAUAGAUGACGGCUGGGACGAGAUUACCGACUUGGAAGGAGAGAGAAAAUAACAAGCGGAGAGAGAGACGACGACGGGCCAUCGCCGCCAAGAUAUUCGCCGGACUUAGAGUUUACGGAAACUACAAGCUGCCUAAACACUGCGACAAUAACGAGGUCUUGAAAGCCCUUUGCAACGAAGCAGGUUGGAUCGUUGAAGAAGAUGGAACGACUUAUCGUAAGGGUUGUAAACCAGCUGAACGAAUGGAAACCACAUCUGCCAUGGAUAGCCCAUGCUCAUCGUACCAACCAAGUCCAAACGCUUCUUCAUACAAUUUCAGUCCUACAUCAUCCUCAAUUCCAAGCUCAAUCUCAUCUCUUUAUAAUUCCAAUUCUACCCCUGACCCUAACUCUUUAAUCCCAUGGCUAAAAAACCUCUCAUCUGGUCCCACAUUAACCAAAUUCCCACACCAUCUUUACAUACCGGGUGGGUCCAUAAGCGCCCCGGUCACCCCACCCAUAAGCUCCCCCACUUGUCGGACCCCACGAAUGGAUCACGAUCAAACCGUACCCCCACCCUGGCCUUUCUCCUCCACUCCCCAUAGUCCUGGCAUCCAAACGCCGCCAGAUUCAGGGUGGCUCUCUGGCGUCCAAACACCCCAAGAAGGGCCGUCGUCUCCCACCUUUAGCCUCGUGGCAAACCACCACCCGUUUGGCCGGAUUUGGACACUGGGACAAAGCGGAACGUGUUCUCCGGCGGUCAACGGUGCGGCGGAUGUCCCGAUGUCGGAUGUGGAGUUUGCUUUUGGAAGUAAUAUGAAGUUAUUAGGGCUUGUGAAGCCAUGGGAAGGAGAGAGGAUACAUGAGGAAUGUGUUUCGGAUGAUCUUGAGCUUACACUUGGGAAUCCCAACACUAGAUAGGAUUAAUUUGGGUUGUGGUUUUGUGCUCCUGAUGAAUUGAGGUAUUGUGUGUAGAUUUAGAUACAGAAGUAGUAUGAGUUGAUUUGCUUUUUAUUCAAUCAUUACUACUAUUAUUCUUUUAAGUAUUCAAAAAGGGUGAAGAAAUAUAACACUGGUAUAUUUAUAAA